AUGGCAGCGAAAGUUUCGAUAUGGAAAGCCAUAACAAGGAAAAAGCGAUUUGAUGGCAAUUCCCAUCUCGACACCAACCUGCGCCGGUGUCUCGGUCUUCUUGAUAUCACAUUUUUGGCUUUAGGACAAAUGAUGGGAGCUGGAAUUUAUGUGUUAACAGGAAGUGUUGUGAGAAAUCAAGCGGGACCCUCAAUUAUAAUUUCGUUUAUUUUCGCCGGAAUUGCCGCAAUUCUUUCUGCGUUCAGUUAUGCAGAGUUUGGCGCUAGAUUCCCAAGGGCAGGUAGUGCAUAUACCUAUACUUAUAUUGGAUUUGGGGAACUUUGGGCGUUCAUUGUAGGAUGGACUAUUCCGCUUGAAUAUAUGAUUGGAAAUGCCGCUGUGGCCCGAUCAUGGUCGGCAUAUUUGGACAACAUGAUUGAUAAUGUAAUACGAAACAGCACAACAAAUUAUAUUGGCGAGAUUACAAACUCUUCGGGUUUUUUUUCGCAGUAUCCCGACGUGCUCGCCGCACUUCUUCUUAUCAUUUGCGCAAUUAUCAUUGCAAUCGGAAGCAAAGUGUCUGCGAAUGUGAACACAACUUUUGUCUUUAUCAAUAUUACCGUAAUCGCGAUCGUCAUAGUUUCCGGUUUCACUUAUGCGGAUUUUUCAUUGUGGAAAGGCACAAACGAAAACGGUGCUUCAAAUUUCAUGCCGUUCGGAAUUUCCGGAACACUUACCGGCGCAGCUACUUGUUUUUUUGCUUACAUCGGUUUCGAAAUUCUGGGUAGCACUGGCGAGGAAGUUAAAAAUCCUCACCGAACGAUUCCAUUAGCGACUUUCCUCUGUAUAUUCAUAAUUACCAUUCUCUAUAUUCUUAUGUCCUCGACAUUAACAUUAAUGAUUCCCUAUAAUACGGUUCAUUCAACAUCUCCAUUUUCUGAAGCAUUCCAAGAAAAAGGAUCAAUAUUCGUUAAAUACACAAUCUCGAUUGGCGCACUAAUAGGCUUAACUAAUAAUCUAUUAACUGGAGUGUUCGCCCUUCCGCGAGCGGUUUAUGCAAUUGCCGAUGAUGGCCUGAUCUUCUCAUUCCUCGCCAUCGUCAAUAAAACGACAAAAGUUCCUCUGAAUUCCAUUAUUGUGUUCGCGAUUCUAAACGCAAUAAUUGCGUUGAUUUUCGACAUUGAAGCACUCGUCGAAUUUCUUUCCAUUGGCACUUUAUUCGCAUAUUCUUUUGUUUCUGCGUCAGUAAUUGUUCUGCGUUACCAGGCAGCUCCCAUCGAUAAUGACGAAAAACGACUCGAUAACGGCGGAACUCUUCAUUCAUGGGUUCCAUUCCGAAAUUUCUGGGAAUCAUUACCUUCUGGAGGUUCAAUUUCGAUUGGAGUCGGUCUAUUAAUCGCUGCAUUUUUUGGAUUGGCUUUUACAUUUCGCCUGGAGUUUCAUAAAUCCAUUUAUGGCCAAAUUUUCUUUGGAUUGGAUGCUGUAUUCAUUCUAAUUAUUAUGUUAUUCAUAAUAGGACACGAGCAAAAUACUUUGGAUUUAUCCUUCAAAGUUCCUUUCCUACCAUUCACCCCUUGCAUUUCGCUUCUAAUUAACACCUUCAUGAUGGCAUUUUUAACGUAUGCUACAUGGAUUAGGUUAUUCGUCUGGAUGGGAGUUGGUCUUCUUAUAUACUUUUUCUACGGAAUUCAUCACAGUAAGGAAGCAAAAAGAAUCACAUCAAUUGCUGAUAUUCGAAUGUCUUCAACAUUUUCCACCAGAAAUCGUUUGUCUCAAGAAAAAUCUGCAAAAACUUGA